AUGGCUCCCAAACGCAAGGCGCCUGCCAAGGCCCAGGCCCAGGACAAGAAAGUGAAGCAGGAGCCGGAGGAGGACAGCGUCUGGUCCACCGUGGAGGCGCUGAAGACCGCUCCCAAGGAGAAGCUCAAAGCCAAGAUCGACUCUGCCUGCCAGCUGAGCAAUGGCAGCGAUGCCCAGAUCCAUGAGGAUUACGACUGCAUGUUGAACCAGACCAACAUCGGGAACAACAACAACAAGUUCUACAUCAUCCAGCUCAUCACUCACAACGGCAGCUACAGCUGCUGGAACCGCUGGGGUCGCGUGGGGGAGGUGGGACAGUCAAAGCUCAGCCCCUUCCCUUCCCUGGAAGCCGCCAAGAAGGAUUUUGAGAAGAAGUUCCGGGAGAAGACCAAGAACAGCUGGGCUGAGCGGGAGAACUUUGUGGCCCACCCUGGCAAGUACACCCUGAUCGAGGUGCAGCACGGGGCUGAGGAGGAGCAGGAGGUGACCGUGAAGGUGGACAGCGUGGAUGGAGGGAAGCGCUCCAAGCAGAGGACGUUGCCCUGCAGCCUGGACAAGGCCACCAAGGAGCUGGUCUCACUCAUCUUCAGCAAUGACAUGUUCAAAGAGGCCAUGCAGACCAUGAAUAUCGAUGUGAAGAAGAUGCCGCUGGGGAAGCUGAGCAAGCAGCAGAUCGCCAAGGGUUUUGAGGCCUUGGAGGCCAUUGAGACGGCUCUGCAGGAGCAGCGGCUGUCCAGCAGGCAGCUGGAGGAGCUGUCAUCCCGCUUCUAUACCAUCAUCCCCCACAGCUUCGGCCGCGCCAGGCCCCCCACCAUCAACACGCAGGAGAUCGUCCAGGCCAAGAAGGACAUGCUGCUGGUGCUGGCAGACAUUGAACUGGCCCAGAGCCUGCAGGCGCAGAAGAAGGAGGAGGAGGAGGAAGAGGAGGUGAAGGUGGAGGAAGUGCCUCACCCGCUGGACAAGGACUAUGAGCUUCUGAAGUGUGAGCUCACCCUGGUGGACCCAGCGUUGGAGGAUUACCAGGUGAUCCAGACCUACGUAGAGAAGACUGGGUCGAGCCACCGGAAGGUCAAGAUCCUGAACAUCUGGAAGGUGAAGAGGGAGGGAGAGGGCGAGCGCUUCAAAGCUCACGACCACCUGGAGAACCGGCGCCUGCUGUGGCAUGGCACCAACGUGGCCGUCGUCGCCGCCAUCCUUAAGAGCGGCCUGCGCAUCAUGCCGCACUCCGGCGGGCGUGUGGGCAAGGGGCUUUACUUCGCCUCCGAGAACGACAAGUCGAUGGGAUACGUGAGCUGCACCUCCCACGGGGUCGGGAUCAUGUUCCUCAACGAGGUGGCCCUAGGCAAAGAGUAUCGGAUCACCAAGGACGACCCGUCGUUGUGCAAGGCCCCCCCGGGGUAUGACAGCGUGAUCGCCUGCGGUCACACUGAGCCAGACCCUGCUUGUGACCGGGAGCUGAUGGUGGAGGGCAGGAAGGUGCUGGUGCCGCAGGGGAAGCCCAUCCCCAUGGCCAAGUACCAGGACUCCAACUUCAGCCAGAGCGAGUACCUGAUCUACCAGGAGAGCCAGUGCCAGAUCCGCUACCUGCUCCAGCUCCGCCUCUGA